AGCCCUAGAUGGCGUCCCUGCCCAGCGUGCUCCGCGGUACUGAGACAGCUGAGUCACACAUACAUUUAGACCCAGAUAAAUAGAUACUGUGCGAAAAAGAGGGGCUACAGUCUACUAAUUGCUGUGUAUACACUGAUCUCUGGUCCCUGUGACUUCUGACUGCGUCGAAAGAUGCUGACGAUAACACUGAAGACUCUCCAACAGCAGACGUUCAAAAUAGAAAUAGACCCAGAAUUGACGGUGAGUAGAAGUUAACGGGGCUGAAGUAAACACGGUCAGGCCGGGAGGGCUGGCAUGUACACCAUAGCAUACGGGAAUGUUAGCUAAUGUGAAGAUACGGUCGCGAUAAAGACUACUGCUGUCUAUAAAAGAAGACAUAGGAUAGGUAUUUUAUCAAUGAGAAAGAAAUACUGCGCCAGAGGGAGGAAUUUAUUGUCAGAUAACUUGACAAAUCCGCAAAAUCUUACUGUAAUUAACUGAGUUCAUGUAAGGUAACGUAGCCGGAGUUAGCGCGUGCUGGACCGGAAUAGAGCAAGUUCCCUUUCAAGGUAAAAGCGCAACACUUGAAAUUUGUUUACAAGAAAGUCGGCAUUUACCGAUUACUUUGGUGAAAACUACACGAUAAAGAUAAUAGUUCUCUUACAGGCCAAGUUGCAUGAGAUUGAAUAUAGCAUGUAUGUCAUUGGCCAGAUUGUAUAUUGUCAUGUAUGGAAGGAAGAGAGAGUUUAGAUUGGAAAUACCGACCGGAAAUGCUGCAUACGUUUUCUUCAAACUUGAUAAUGUGUGACUUGUUUCAGUUUCUAACCACGAAUGACGAUGCAAUAUUUUAAUCCUCGAAUAUGUUUAUGUUGGAAAAGAGAAGGUUAUUGAACAUAGUCCCCAAAAAUAAAACAAAAAACAUUUUUUCACACUUUAAAAUGAUUACCGACAGCAUAUGUUAGGUGAAUUGAAUCAAAAAACAAUCUGAAUCAUGGAUUGAGGUCAUUGUUAAAUAUUAUUAAUAUCAUGCAAAAAAUUAUGUUACGUGGUCAACGAUAUACAAACACAGAUACAUACUUUUUUUCUAUUACUCUUUUGAUAGUCUAUUAUUUUUUCUUCCUACUAGUUCAUCCAUUUGACACAAUCCACUAAGAUACAUUACAGUAAUAUAUUUCUGUAUUUAUAAUACCUCUUGCCAUUGUCAUUAACCAGUGUAUUUGAUUUUUUUUAUGUUUGAGAUUUACUCCAUCUCUGUAAAGUACCACAUACAUGCAUGCACUGACACUCAAAACUACUGCAAACUGUUCUAAAGCAGACUACUAAUGUGACACACUCAUUCAGCUACACUAAUCUAACAGCCUCAUAGCCUGAUUUUUUUUAACUACAAAACAUCUGAAAUUACUCUGUAUGUUGAUAAGCAUUAAAUACACAGCCAAAAGGAAGGCAGGGGGGGCUAUAUUUUACUUGCACAUCAUUGAUACCCCAAUACAGAUACAUGUGGACAUUAAUCAUUUUUGGCAAGACAACGUUAUACCACCCCAUCACAGAGAGAGGCCAGGAUAGCUAUGCUGAUGUCAGUGUUUGAACAGUAAUUCAUUAAUGAAAAAUAUGAUAUAACACUUUCCUGAACAUACAAGGUAAUCUUUGAGAACACAUUGUAAAGUUUUAGGGCGCUCCACUUGUGAUACACAGCACCAAUGGUCCAUCUGUUAAUUUUUGUCAGGUUGAAGCUCUGAAGAAGAAAAUAGAGGAGGACAGAGGGAAAGAUGGAUUUCCAGCUGCUGGACAAAAACUCAUCUAUGCAGGUGAGUGCGUGACUUUAACUAUUUCACAAUUAACACAAACUUAUUGGUUAAAACCCUGUCCAUGGACAUUGCUGUCCUUAAAAUAUAUAGAUAAAAAACAAAUACCACAUUCAUUUGGCAGAAACUGCGGCAAGUAGCUGAUUUGAUAAAACAAACAAAUAAUUGGCUUAAAUAAAAAGAAACCACCAAAAACAGCUGUUGAUUUACACAAAAGUAGCUGUAUUUUCGUAAGCAAAUGUCGAUGUAAGAGCCUAAGUACACUCUUAAGUGUCCACAUGCACUUCAAGUACUCAAGCAGAGGUGAGAGUGUUCGCUGAAACAGCAGGUUAAGUGAUGCGUUCAACUCCUGAACCUCGCCUGACAGAUCACAAGGUAAUUACAUGCUGUGACUGUACAUAAUAUUAAAUACCACAACAAACAGUGCGUAGCUGUGAUUAUUUCUCUUGAAAAGUUCUUUAAAAGUCACAGCCCUAAAAUUGACCUAAAACUGACUUUCCUCUUCUACCAUCUAAUUUGCCCAUAUAGAUGGCAUCCUUUUUUAAAAAUUAUGUCUUAUUAUUCAGAACAUUGGCGUUAAGCUUUCCUGUUUUUUAGUCUUCUUUUGAAUAUUUCAGGCAAAAUCUUAAAUGAUGACACCCAGCUGAAGGACUACAAAAUCGAUGAAAAAAACUUUGUGGUGGUCAUGGUUACCAAGGUCAGUAUCUCUUCAAAAUGUGUUUUUAGAGAGUCAUGUCAUACUAACCCUUUGUUUCUCAGAUUAGAGUCUGUUAUUUUCCACAGAUGAUUUUAAGUGAAUGUGACUUUUCUGUUUAUGGUUUUAUGGUGGUAUUAAAGACGUCCUUUGUGGACAUUUUACUACAAAAGUCCUAAAGCAGCUCAGGGGGAUGUCUCAUGUUUGGUUUUUAGUUUGAAAAAGUUAUGGUGUUAUAAACAUUGUACCUCUCCAGCUGGGAUUUCAGUUUAUUUUGGUCAACAUGUACAGGAACAAAAUCAAAUGGAGGCUGUAAUAACACAAUAUUAAACUUCAGAAAGAAUCAGUGUUUUCUUUGCAUUUACUGUACUGGGUUCACCGGGCCAUGGCUGACUCUUCAGUAUUGUAUUAUGGUCUGUAUUAUCUGUCAGACUUUAUUCUUUGCCAUAUUCUGAAUGAGCUAUCUACUAUACAGAGCAGAAGACCUGUACUUCAAACUUACUCGCUUUUAUCAGUUGCAACAAAAUGUUUGGUACUCAUUACCAAACUCUAAUAAUUAGUGUGCAAAUAUCUUUCUAGCCGAAACAGGCCCCUCCGUCUCAAGCAACUGCCCUGCCAAAUUCCCAACCAGCUGCAGCUCCAGCAUCAACUGCAAUCUCAGGCCAAGCACCAACCUCUGGCCCAUCGCAAGUGCCCUCCACACCAACACAUACAGUAUCCACGUCCACACCUGCCCCACAGCCAGUGCCUCCCUCUGAAACCUCUUCCGCAGUCCCAGAUAACACCCCACAGGCCUCUGAUAAAUCAGCAGCAGCAGUUGGGGACUCAAACACAGCACCAGACUCAGCACCAGCCUCUGCCACUGCAGCACCCCCGGCCUCCACCCCUGAUCCAGCGUCUGAAGCAGUUAAGGCAGAACAAACCUCGGCCCCUGCUGACUGCCCCACCCCUGCUGCCCAGCCAGAAGAGAAGCCAAGGGAAAACCCAGAGAGUCAGCCACCUGCUACUCCUCCAGUCCUCUCUUCUGCUUCCAGGUUGGAGGAUAAGAUUUUGAAUGACAUUCUUCCUGAUGAGAUUCAACUCUAUCUAAUCAAGUCACCUCGUACCUUUUUCUCUGGCUCACCUGAAAAAACCAAUAGCCUCACAAGUAUUUCGCUCUAAUUACCAAAUGUAGCCACAAAUUUGUCUUAAUUGAGAUAGAGAACCUGUUACCAUGAUAUCUAGAGUAAUUAAUUAUUUCAGCACCCUUGAAAUGCAUCAUCAUCAUGUUUCUGACAGACUCACAAAUAUCUGCUUAACAUGUGUUUAAGCCAGUGUUGUUGCUGUCAGCAUGUUAGUAAUUUGACCAUAACUUUGAGUUUAAGGCACUUUCCUGCCAGAUCCUGCAUCACCAAGUUUCAGCGACUUCCAGGCUUGUUUUUUUUUUAAAUUUAUCAGACACCUACUGUAAUGGUUGAAGUUUGGUUUUGAUUAACUUGCUUUUUUUCUGUGCAAUUUGUCUUAAAGCCUUGUUGAUGAGCUCGGGCUCCUUGAAGAAGCAGCAUCAAUACUUGGUAAGACAACUGUGUCUUCUUCUUUCUGUUAAUCAAAAAAACAAACUCCACAAAAAUGACACCUCUCAUUAUCUUAGUUAGAAAAGCCACACUUGAACACAAAGGCAUUAUACGCACACUUCUUUCAUCUUCAAAAUUUUUAUCAUUUAUGAUUAUUUAAAUGUCCUGGCUGAAGAUCUUUGUUGGCUUAUCUUAGUUCAGGUGACCUAACGUGCAGUUAUAUUUAAAGAAAAACCUCUCCUGUGCCAAUGGCCACGUCUCAAAAGCGAAGAAUAACAGUGUGUAUUUAUGACAUACGGUAACCAAGCCAUAAGGGCAAAACAUCCUGUGCGUAUCAACUGUUUCCCAUCAACCAUCUUGAUCUCAGUCUCAUGUCCCAUGCAUUUACAUGUAAAUGUUCAUUAAUGCAUAUUGUCCCAUUUAAAAAAAGAAAAAAAAUCCUAAUUCUCUCUUUCUGCAGUAACAGGUCCAGCAUAUGAAAACCUGGUCUCAGAAAUUAUGUCCAUGGGUUAUGAGAGGGAGCAGGUAGUCAACGCACUCAGAGCCAGUUACAACAAUCCAGACCGGGCAGUGGAAUAUCUCCUCAUGGUGAGGAUCCAUCCAGCCCUGCAUGCCUUAUAUCCUGCUCUACCUGUACCUGAAACCUAAUGUGUAUAGUUAAUAAUUGUGGUCUGCAGGGUAUUCCAGCAGAGGCUAGUGAUCUUCCACCUCCAGAGCCAGUAAGACAAACUGUGCCAUCCAACCCCCCAGCCCCAGCCCCAGCCCCAGCCCCAGCCCCAACCACACAACAACAACAAACCCGGCGGACAACAGCAGCUCCGAACAGUAAGAAAAUGUGUUUGUGUCUUCAGUCUAUUCUAUCACCAAGUGUUUUUCAGUCAAAUUGGACAUUAAAAAAGAUGAGAGUGGAAUGAAAAUAAAAACCUUACUCUAGCAACAUAAUUUGUAAGGUGACGAAAAUAGUUUUAUACUACAACUAUGACACUGUAAAUCAUAGUCCUCACCAUCAGGUGUCUUGGGCGAAAUCAUGCAGUAGUUGGGUUUUAAAGUGGAUACAAAAAGACACAACCACUAACACAUUUACUUGACUGAUUCCUGUGCCUUCUUAGUUUGGGUCUGAAACUUCUAUUGAAAAGUGUACAAAAUAUUUCCUCUCAUUGAAGAUUCAGAGACAAUUAUACCGUAAUUUUGAUGGUGUUUAUACUGUUAUUGAUGUAAUGGUUUGGCUGUAUUUCUUGCCUUAAUUAGGUGGAAGCAAAGCAGAAAAAUGUUUUCAAACCUUUUGAAAAGAAGAGACAAGAUAAUAAGUCACUGGAAUCAGCAAAACAACUGGGCAUUAGCAACAACAAUAACCAGCCCAUUUUCCCCUCAGUGGGGCCAGUAACUGGCAGCCCGUCUCUGUCUGCUGGCGGGGGCACUGGGUCUACAGGGAACCCUCUGGAGUUCCUAAGGAACCAGCCGCAGUUUCAACAGAUGAGACAGAUCAUCCAGCAGAACCCAGCCCUCCUUCCAGCCUUGCUGCAGCAGCUGGGCAGAGACAAUCCACAGUUGCUACAGGUACCACUCUAGCAUGCCCACUAAGUUUCUGCCAAAGAAUGAAGUUGGCCUGUUUGUCCAUUUGGUUCUUAUUGGUCAACUGUUGAGAGCUAAGUAUGAGAAGUAACUCUGUGAGCUCAAGGUGACUUUUUGAAGCUGAUCCUACAUAUUUUUUUCAAGGCCUUCUAGACUUGAGUGAAUUUUGAGACAUUUAGUGAAAUAAAUGUGCAGACACAGUCAUGGAGGCUAGUUUACUGUGUCCAAACAAUUGUUAAUCUACAGUUGUAAUCUGUUAAACUCAGUCAUUUAGCAAGGGGCUGGGGUCGUGUAUAUUGUCUAAACUGAUAUUGUCUGUAUUAACUACUUUCAGCAAAUCACACAGCACCAGGAGCAAUUUGUUCAGAUGCUUAAUGAGCCAAGAGGUGGAGACACAGCAGGGGAGGGUGCUGAGGCCCAGGGGUCACCACAGACUAACUACAUCCAGGUCACCCCACAGGAGAAAGAGGCCAUUGAAAGGGUCAGUAACCUGUGUUAAACCUUGAUACUGCGCAGUGUUGGCUGGGUAAUUACACAGUACGUGCUAUGGUAAAAACUGUGUGAAAUCCAAAGCCAGCUGAAUUACAUUAGCUUCCAAUGUGUAAUGAUAUUUGUUUUUACUAACCCAAUGAUGUAGGAUUCACCGAACAAUCCUCAGUACUUAAUAUUGAAACUCUCCAAACUGUACACUUCCCCACAAAAGGCUGAAUGAUAAGAAUGAAAUUAAAGGAAUAUUCCGGUGUAAAAUUAAUUUAGGGUCAAACACACUGUAACACCAAGUUAGACACCCCAUCGAGAGAUGAAUGUUGCCGACUGCUUGCUUCUCUAGUUAUACCAACUUUAGUAAAGACCGCAAGAUAGCAAUACACAGCGGUCUGAGGAGCCAUAAACAAACCUCAACCUAAAUGCCACUCUAUAGCCACGAAUAAUGCUCAGAACAGCACCUAACUUCAUUAACAGUACAUAUAGCGUCCCAGCCAUAAAUGUUCUCCUUUGAGCUGCUUUCCCCCGCGGCAGUCCGUAAUGGACUGGCCUGAGGUCUACAAACAAGUGGCUUUGCUAAAGAAAUUAGGUAAAGCUAAAAAAUCUUUGAUGGCUACUGCUGUGGCUAGGACCCUAAGUGUACUGUUGAUGAAGUUAGGUGCUGUUCUGAGCUUUAUUUGUGGCUAUAGAGUGGCUUUUUGGUUGAGGUUUGUUUAUGGCUCCUCAGACCGCUGUGUAUUGCGAUCGUGCCGUUGUUACUAAAGUUGGUAUAACUAGAGAAGCAAGUGGUCGGCAACCUUCAUCUCUCGAGGGGGUGUCUAAUUUGGUGUUACAGUGUGUUUGACCCUAAAUUAAUUUUACACCGGAAUAUUCCUUUAAAGAUUAUUCAAAAUGUUUUUUAUAAUCCUUUCUUGAUGCAAAACCAAGAAUAUAAAUGCACAUAUCUAAGGGGCCAAAAGUAAAAGACAUUUUUUAACUCUUAAAUUGCUGGUGUGUAUGUAUUCAGCACUUGGUUGUUCAGUUUAUUGGCGAAGAAAUCCACUCAGGAAAGUAAGAACACUGGUGUUUAAAGAAAGCUGUGGGAUGAGCAGACCACAGCUAUUGUUUAUUGAGUGUUGUCAUUUUCCUGUAUCCUAAAUGUGUGUUGUUUUCCAGUUAAAAGCACUGGGCUUCCCUGAAGGCUUAGUCAUCCAGGCUUAUUUUGCCUGUGAAAAGAAUGAGAACCUGGCGGCCAACUUCUUGCUACAGCAAACAUGGGAUGAUGAGUAACCGCACAUCACCUGACACAUCACCGUUCAACAGAGGGCCGUUGAGGGGAUGACGGUGCUACAGUCAACAUGGGAGGAACAAGAAGGGGCGAGAGCAUUUUUUUCAUGCCAUGUGACUUUGGUCUAAUGAUAAGGAUGAUCAUGAAUACAUGCUAUUAUGAUCAUCAUAUGAGCUCACACUGAGCUAUGCCUCACUGCUGCUACAUCAUUACAGCUGCCGCUUGUGCCGAGUGAGAGAUGUCAUGCCAGUUAAUAUUACAAUAGUCUGCAUCAUCUUCAUGGGUCAACAGGCUUUUAUUUAGGGACACUAACAGGGAUUACUCGACAGUUACAGUUUGUACACCACAGUGUGUACCUGUUGUGGAAAGACGAUGAAAGCCUGCAAUAUCUGUCUGUUGGCCCUCCAUGUUGGAUUUACGUGUUAAUUUGGUGCAAACUGUUGACCCCGCAGUUUGAGAGCUAGCACUGCUUAAAAUCGAAGUUCAGGUCUGAUCAACUCAUUUUCUGCUUCUUUAUCUUUGGAUAAGCAUCAGGCUCAAAGUAUGUCAAACCAAAUAAGUCCAAAGAACACAAAAGUAUCAUCAGGUUUUGACCUUUCAUCAACCAUGCAUUCAGUGAUGUAUGGUUCUGUCUGUGGAAAAUGAAAUAUGCAAGCUGUUUUGAAUUGCUGUGUUGUGAUUUGCCUCUGCCUUUCCCUCUUGCUAGGAAAAGCGGAAAAUCAAAGAAAAUGUUGAGAAAGACAAGCAAAAAAUAAUUACAACUGGAAAAACAACAUCUUAGUAUAAGAAUAUUCAAGUCAGAAUUUAAACUAAUCCUUUAAACCUGCUGUAUCUCAUAAUUUGGACCAUGGGAUAAAAGACCCACAAUUUAGUAAUUAAUGAAAUUCUAUUCACAGUUCAUUUUUGUGAAAUGACUGUUUUGUUGAUUGGAAGAGUUUUUUUCUUUCAGAAAUGGGCUUCCAAAAUCAGACAUAGUGAGGUUACAGUAAAAUCGGUGUGUCUGUCAGUGGUUUAAUUCACUACUAGAGGAGUCAUAUUACUUUGCACUCUACUUUGAACACACAGUAAAGGAAUGCUCAGUUUUAUAUUUUGUGGGGGGGAGAGGGGACACAUCACAACUUGGCUUGAGCUGUCAUCAUCCUCUUUCACUGUGUUGUUGUUUUUUUGUUUUUUUUGUUUUUUUUGCAGGUGAAGGAUUUGGAAGACUGGCUAUGAAGUGCCACAUAGCAUGCUUUUUUAGCUCAAUAUUUGACUUGAUAUUUUAAAGGGAGAGGUGUGUUUUGUCUCCUUUCUGGAAAAAUUAACCAUUUUCUUAUUCCCAAUUUAACACAAUUCUUUUUUUUCAUUCAAUUUGUCUCAUAUCACAUCUUCUAUGCAUCUCAAAGUUGUAAGAGUUUGAGCCAUUGCUCCCUCAUGCCUUAUUGGUUGUUAAAGACUUGAACACAUUUAAUGUCAUAAUGGUGUUGUUGUUUACUAUGUAGUGUUUCAGAUAUUUCACAGAUGUGUCCUGGAUAUGGUGAUUAUCAUUAGAGUUUGGAUUAUUUAUAAGUAAUCAGUUAUUGUUUCAAAUAAAAACUAAAGGGAAUUUGAAUUUGUGCUAGAAGCCAAAACAAAACAAAAAUAUUUUUUCAAGAUUUCAGCAUGUGCUUUGCUUUUUCUCAUUUUGAUUCUCAUCAUUUUGUUUGAACUGGAAUUGUCUGAAGUUUUCUAUUAUGUGUUGUAAAUGGGGUAUACAUACUUAGAGAUAAAGGCACUUUACUGUGACAAAGGCAUCUCCUUGGCUGAGAGGGUGGUUGGUUGCAUGAGAUUGUUACAGAAUUAUUUAUAGCAUGGCUGCGGGUUAGAAAUGGUGAAGCCAGAAGUGUGGUGUUGCUCUGAUCUCAGUCAAUCUGUUUUUCCAUUUCUGUCAAUGUUUUGUUUUCAUUUUUGGGUUUGUAUGAGACAUGUACAAUCUUCAGUACACCAUAUUUUGCUGAUUAGUUGUGAAAACUUUGGUUUCAGCAUUGUGUAAAAUAAAUGGCUUUUGACAAAGUGGAUGAUACAAGUUGGUCGUUUGUUAUGAAUGAAUACGACCAUGGGAGUAAAAGCCUCACAAAUGCAAUAGGUAUAAGGUUACUGAAGAAGUUUCAUGCCUUUUACAGUUUUGCCUCAGUCGCUUUGGUGCAUUUCUCACAUCACUAUUAACAUUUGCACAACAGUUGGUGCAUUUCUCAGAACAAUUUGUACAAACUGCAAUUGGUUUAUAUAUGCUGUGCCAUGUGAGGGUUCAUGGGAUUCAGCUAUGAGUGACUGUGGACAAGUGGCUUGUCAUUGGUUACAACUAAUGCUUCACACACCUCCUCACGAGUGAAAACUGAGGUUCAACUGAAAGAAAUUGUUCAAUUUAGGAGACAUUUACAGGAAAAAAUGAUUAAGAAAUUCAGUAAAUUGUCUUAACAGAUUUUGAGAACUAGUUCAACAAUUUUGUAUAUAGUGACUCAAGCAAUGAAAUGAGGACUAUUAGUUUUAUAGGGAGUGACUAUUCAGCAUUCAUAAGUAUAGUUCAUUUUGACUGACAUGACAAAAACAAAUGAUAAUGUUAUAAAACAGCAGAGAAUUGUAUGACAAUUUGCACAAAUGACUCAGUGUUGUGGAGGUUGAACUAAUAGUUGUGAGAACUUUAAUUCUGAUCUGAAAAUGCACCAAAUCGACUGAGAAAAACUGUAAAAUCAACUAACCACUGCCGCAGGAAAGUAAACUUUCCACCUAAUUUACCAGGAAUGAUGUCCUUAAUUAUCAGCCGUAAUUGCUUGAUUAUGAAUAACAAAUAAUUAUGAGUA